AUGUCUUUAGAGAGUGGAAUCGAGGGCUGGCUCAGGUAUUCUGCCUUACCAGCGGAGGUUCAAGCGACGCAUCGCCAAUAUUCCAGCAUUGUUGUCUUGGACCAGUCUGAAACGAGUCCUGUCUACACUGCUGGAAAGGAGCUCCAAAAAGGGCUGCAGAAGAUACUUGGCCAGGAGGUCAACAUAUCUUUUGACCUAAAUGAUGACCUCUCUCGCGUCAUCGUUGUGGGUACCAUUGAUACGUUCGCAGCUGCAUCGGGCAGGGAGAACGAAAUCCCAACACUCAAGGAAGAUGGGUUCUGGCUCAAUUCCCAAGUCUCAAAUGAUUGUGUUCAUAUUCUAGGCAAGAAUGAACGCGGUGCUCUUUAUGGUGCAUUUGAGUACCUCAUGCGUCUGGCACAAGCCAAUUUCGAUCCCGUCAUCACAGCAGACAACCCCAGCGCACCGAUACGAUGGGUGAACGAGUGGGACAACCUUGAUGGAAGUAUCGAACGAGGAUAUGCGGGUCCAUCAAUCUUCUUCCGAGACGGUGAGGUGGUCCAGGAUAUGACACGCAUCGCCCAAUUCGCUCGCCUCCUUUCCUCUAUUCGCUUGAACGCCGUCGUGAUCAACAAUGUCAAUGCCAACCCGAAACUCUUUAGCGAGACAAAUCUGAACGGUCUCCGUCGCAUCGCAGAUACCAUGCGCCCGUGGGGUGUACGCAUUGGCAUUUCCCUGUACUUUGACUCUCCUCGAGAAUUUGGUGGUCUCCCUACCUCCGAUCCCCUGGACCCUGAUGUCAACCAGUGGUGGAAGGAUAUCACUGCCAAGGUCUUCGAGAAAGUCCCCGACCUCAUCGGAUACACCAUCAAGGCCAACUCGGAGGGCCAACCCGGUCCGCUCACUUAUAACCGCACACUGGCGGAUGGGGCGAAUAUGUUUGCGAGGGCAUUGCAGCCGUAUGGUGAUGCUGUUGUCAUGUAUCGUGCCUUUGUCUACAACCAUCACUUGGAAGAGUCAGAAUGGAAGAACGAUCGUGCAAAUGCUGCCGUCGAAUACUUCAAGCAUCUGGACGAGGAGUUCGACGACAACGUUAUCGUUCAGAUAAAAUGGGGUCCUAUCGAUUUCCAAGUCCGGGAGCCGCCUUCUCCCUUGUUGGCCAGUCUAAGAAAAACCAAAGCCGUGAUCGAAUUCCAAGUCGCUCAAGAGUAUCUCGGACAACAAUCUCACUUCGUCUAUAUGGCACCCCUUUGGAAAGAGAUUCUCGACUUUGACAUGAGAAUUGACGGCCAACCUUCCGCAAUUCGAGAUAUCGUCUCUGGUGAACGUCUCGGCUGGAGUCGCAGCGGAUAUACAACCGUCCUUAAUAUUGGUAGUGACGAAACCUGGAUCGGACACCACCUCUCCCUCUCCAAUCUAUACGCAUACGGGCGGAUGACUUGGAACCCGCUGUUGGAUCCAAAGAAAAUUAUUCAAGAUUGGACACGUCUCACCUUCAGCCUGAAUCAAACUGUCAUUGAUACAGUUACCAAGAUCUCUAUGGAGUCCUGGCCCACAUACGAAAACUAUAGCGGAAAUCUUGGUAUCCAAACCCUAUGUGACAUUAUUUACACGCACUACGGACCAAGUCCAGGAUCUCAAGAUGGGAAUGGAUGGGGUCAAUGGACUCGGGCCAACUCUCAAUCUAUUGGUAUGGAUAGAACUGUUGCCACAGGUUCUGCAAACACAGCUCAAUAUCCCGCCGAGGUGGCCGCAGUUUUUGAAAACAUCGAGACUACCCCAGAUGAAUUGCUUCUUUGGUUCCACCACGUCCCCUACACUCAUCGUCUCAAGUCUGGGAAGACCGUUAUUCAGCACUUCUACGAUGCCCACUAUGAGGGUGCUGAGCAUGCUCAGACCUUCCCGGUUGAAUGGGCUAAGUUGAAGGGGUUGAUCGAUGAUCACCGAUUCGAGCACGUCAAUUUCAAAUUGAAGUACCAAGCCGGUCAUGCCAUUGUCUGGCGUGAUUCCGUGAACUAUUUCUAUUUCGCCAAAUGUCAAAUUCCAGAUGAGAAGAAUCGUGUCGGAAACCAUCUUUGGCGCAUUGAAGCACAAAAUAUGAUGUUGUCGGGCUACAAGGUUGUUGACGUUACCCCUGCUGAGGCGGCAUCAGGUGGAAAAGCCAUCAUCACGGAAUCGAAUCAAACUUCCGGUAUUGCGCAGACAAAACUUGAUUUUCCUCCGGGGUCUUAUGAUAUUGCGGUUAAUUACUAUGACCACCUUGGCGGACGGUCAAAGUAUGAGGUUUUCCUCAACACCCAGCUGAUCGGAUCUUGGUCUGGGGAUUUGGAGGAUAAACUUGGUCAUGAUUUCUCUGAGUAUUUGGAUGGCCAUUCGGCUACCAGAGUUACCUUCCCUGGAGUCCCCGUCAUGAAGGGUGAUAUUCUGAAGAUCGUUGGGCAGCCUGAUGGCAAAGAGUUUGCUCCGCUAGAUUACAUUUCUGUUCUGCCGCAGGGAACUAUUGAUUAG